AUGGCUCGCUCCGCCUCCCUGAUCCUGGCCGUCGUUGGCCUGAUCGCUGUUGCUCAUGGCCAGUACAUCGACACAGAUGCCUCCACAGGACCACAGGUGACCUACAUCCAGCAACUGAUCUCGGGGUCCAAGCUUCUUCCCGAGGACGCCGAUAUCCCCACGGCCACUUACAUCCUGCCAGAUAACGAUGCCAUCACCAAGUUGCUGAGCUCGUUCGGAGUGACGUUCGACCAGGCGAUCGCGGCCUUGGGGGCCGGCCUCCUUCCUGCUGCCAUCCAGAACCGAUUGAACUCCGUCAUCCUGUACCACAUCAUUCCCUCCGGGGCCCUGACCCCCACAGAGCUGGGCGCCGAGGGCACCGUGCCGACCGCCCUGCCGGAGGAGUCCCUGCAGUUCAGCGCCGACGGCGCCGUCAUCACCACGGCCACCGGCACCUCCAACGUGCUGGCCAACGGCGACAGCGCCGGCGCAUCCUACCUCAUCGUGGACGCCGCCCUCCUGCCGGCGGACUUCAACACCGUCGCGGAGACCACCACGGAGGAGGCCAAGGCCAUCCUCGCGGCCCUGGGCAGCAGCACGCCCUCCCCCACCCUCGAGUGA